AAGUUACACGACUGGCUUCUAAUGGGGAUGUACAUGCAACUUCAGUCAAACCAGGAAGAUCGUUUUGUGUCAGUAUAUCGGACGGUACUUCGAGGACAUUGACAUUUUCUAAAUCCAAAAAGAGCAAUUUUUAACACAACUGGAAAAUUGAUGAGGGCAGGUGAAAGUUGACAGAUGAUAGAUGAGUAGUGGGAUAGACUGCGUUCUGAGUUUUUGGUAACAAUUGGAUACAGGAAGAAAAGAUAAUCAUGCAUCACCAUAUCGACAUUCCCAUUCAGCUGCAGUAUAUAUUUUCGUUGAUCGUUCCGAACAAACAGCAGAGUACACAGAUGAAAAAGAGUCUAUCAAUGUAUGGAUCCUCAUCUCGUUAACCACCUGCCGAACAAGUUUUACUAAAGAUGCACGAGAGAAUGGACGCCCUUAAUUGCACGGGUUCUAACUUAAGCCAGAUCGCUGGAGAAGACCCAGAUUUUCUCCUCUAUCAGUUCGUGGUGAACGCCUACAUCACGGCCCCCCUAUGUCUGCUGGGGUUACUUGGAAAUACGUUAGCCUUUUUUACUCUAAUGCGGGAUACCAAAAGAUCGGUGACAUUUUUUCUGCUUCGUGCCAUGGCGGUGAUGGACAACCUUGUUCUUAUUAUUGCCCUGCUGUUGGUGUUACCAACUGUUCAUCCUAAUACUGGGCUUUUGAAAUGUUUCAGCGAGAUAGGCUAUAUCAUGGACACGUGGAUAUGGCCGCUUGGAAUGACCUUCCAGACAGCGGCCGUUUGGCUGGUAGUUGUUGUAACUGUUGAUCGAUACAUUGCUGUUAAGAUGCCUCACCGCGUCCGAAACAACGAGAUAGGCUAUAUCAUGGACACGUGGAUAUGGCCGCUUGGAAUGACCUUCCAGACAGCGGCCGUUUGGCUGGUAGUUGUUGUAACUGUUGAUCGAUACAUUGCUGUUAAGAUGCCUCACCGCGUCCGAAGUCUGUCAACAAUUUCCAAGGCCAAAAUAGCCACGGCGACCGUCUCUUUGAUCUCCGUUCUCUUCAACUUGCCACGAUUUUUCGAAUUUUAUAUAUCGUAUGACUUGACGUGUGUUGACAAUACCACUACCACUACCCUGAAACCAGUAUCAGUUCCAACUGCUCUGCAGGAAGACCAGGACUACCAUUACGUCUAUACCUUCGCCCUAUACUGCCUGGUGAAUUUUGUGAUCCCCCUAGCCACUUUAAUUUUUCUUAACAUCAACUUAAUACUGGUUGUUCACAGGGCAAACACCGAUCGACGGAUCAUGAGCGUACAGUCCCUAAGAGCUGCUAGUAGAAACCAGGCAUCAUCGGAAACCAAUAUUACCUUCAUGUUAAUUUUAGUGGUGUGCGUGUUCAUUGUUUGCCAGCUGCCGGCACUUGUAACUCAGAUAUGGUAUGCUGUGGAUCCAGAACAGACUGGAUACAAAUAUUUGGGAGAGUUAAGUAAUCUUAUGGUGACAUGCAACUCGGCAGUUAAUUUUCUGAUCUAUUGUGCGUUCGGGAAGCGUUUCCGAGAGUUACUCAGAGAGACGUUUUGUGGCCGCCAUUCCAGGAGAAAGGGAAGAAGCAGCUUUCAUCGUUCUUCUGAUCGUUAUACGGAGUCCAUUCUUUUAAAAGACACCUAAAGAACCUAGUUUUUGAUAUUAAUUGAGAACAAAAAGAUCUUA